GGAGGCGGCGCUGUCCCGGCAGCUCGGAGCUCCGAGUGCGGCCGGCGCGGGCUGAGAGCCGGGGGAGCCGGCUGAGCCCGGUGGCUGGCGAGCCGGAACAUCAGGCGCCGCCGCAGAGAAGAACUAUGGAGGAGCCAUCUGAGCCAGAAGGACUGAUAGACUGGAAAGAGCGCUGCGUAGCUCUGGAGGCUCAGCUCAUGAAAUUUCGAGUUCAAGCAAGCAAGAUCCGCGAGCUUUUAGCAGACAAAAUGCAACAGCUGGAGAGACAAGUUAUCGAUGCAGAACGGCAAGCAGAAAAGGCUUUUCAAGAGGUACAAGUUAUGGAAGAGAAACUAAAAGCAGCCAAUAUUCAGACCAGUGAAUCAGAGACACGGCUCUAUAAGAAGUGUCAAGACCUGGAGUCUGUGAUGCAGGAGAAGGACGACAUCAUUCAGAACUUGGCGCUGCGGCUUGAAGAGCAGAAACAAGUGAGGAUACAAGAAGCUAAAAUAAUAGAAGAAAAAGCAGCUAAGAUCAAAGAAUGGGUAACAGUUAAGUUAAAUGAGCUAGAAGUAGAGAAUCAGAAUCUUCGUUUCAUCAACCAAAACCAGACUGAAGAGAUAAAAGCAAUACAGUCAAAGUUGCAAGAGCUCCAAGAGAAGAAGAUAUCCUGUGUCUCCACACCAAAGACCUCAGAAGGACAACGCAACCUGACAUUUGGAUGCUUCUUGUCCCGAGCAGAGAGUCCUCCUUGUGUAGUAAGAUCCGAGGAAGUGAGCAAGAUGGCCUCAAGUGAACCUGAGAUCACCGAAGGAAGAUGUGUAGAAGAGAUGGAAAUUGCAGAGAAGCCUGCGGACAACCAAGUCCAAGAGAACAGCAGAAGCCAGAGAAAGUUGCACGAGACCUCUUGCAGCUCAGAACAGAACCGGAAAACAAGAGCAAGCUUUGCAACGGAUGGUGGUACGUCCCAGAAUUCCGGGGUUCCAGUGAGUGACUGGAGUUCAGACGAGGACGAUGGAAGCAAGGGCAGAUCUAAGUCCAGAUGCACGUCCACCCUUUCCAGCCACACGUCUGAGGAGGGUGGCCAGUGCGGCAGGCUGGGCAGCGAAGCCUACCUCACAGCAUCUGAUGACAGUAGUUCUAUAUUCGAAGAAGAGACUUUUGAUGGGAAUAGACCCGAGCAAAAGAAGCUGUGUUCUUGGCAGCAGAAGGCACCAUGGAAAGCUCAGGGUAACCUUACAAAGGGGAGGUCUCAGUCAGGAGUAAAGGAGCAAGAUAGUUCCUCAGAUGAACUGAAUAAGAAAUUUCAGUUGCAGAGACUGGAUUAUACAUCCUCAUCCAGCGAAGCCAACACCCCAAGCCCUAUUUUAACCCCAGCUUUAACUCCCAGAUACCCUAACUCACUCUCUGGAAAAGGAGGAGCCCCGUUAGUGCCUCCUCCAUUCCAGCCACCCCCAAAGCUCAGGGUCCCCAACGUUUUCAGUAUAAGUGUGGCACUCACCAAGAGACACCUGAGCCAGCCACAGCUAUGCUCCGACCGGAUGUUUGGCACGAACCGGAACGCCAUAAGCAUGAUCCGGCCGCUGAGGCCCCAGGAAACGGACCUUGACGUGGUUGAUGGGGACGGGCCCAAGGCUGUGAACAGCAUGGACACCGGUUGUGAAGACGGCUUAUUUUCCUAUGACUCCCAGGAUUCUUCUCCGUGUGCAGAUGACCAGGAAAACAGCGAGGCCCCCAAGAAGGCCCCGUGCAGCAAACCCCCCACUCCUCCUCUGCACCGCUUCCCCUCUUGGGAGAGCAGGAUAUAUGCUGUAGCCAAAUCAGGCAUCCGAGUGUCUGAGGCCUUCAAUAUGGAGAAUGCUAAUAAAAAUUCUGCAGACAUACUUUCCUACUCUGCAGCAGGCCUUUACACGUCUCUCAUAUACAAGAAUAUGACGACCCCAGUCUAUACAACGUUGAAGGGGAAGGCGACACAAAUAAGUAGCAGCCCUUUCCUGGAUGACUCCUCGGGCUCAGACGAAGAGGACGGUUCUAGAUCCAGCUCCCGGCUGUCGGAGUCAGAUGCGCGCAGUCGCAGUGGGCCAAGCAGUCCCAAAGCCAUGAAGCGAGGCGUGUCUGACUCCUCGGCGGCUUCCGAAAGUGAUUACGCCAUUCCUCCAGAUGCCUAUCCCAUAGACACAGAGUGUUUGCAGCCCGAGCAGAAACUUCUAAAAACCUGCCUGGCCUCCUGUGACAAUGGGAAAAAUGAACUAUUAGAAAAAUCUGGGUACCUACUAAAAAUGAGCGCGAGAGUCAAGACUUGGAAGCGGAGGUGGUUUGUUCUGAAAGGCGGCGAAUUACUUUACUACAAGUCUCCAAGCGAUGUGAUUCGGAAACCCCAGGGCCACAUUGAACUUAGUGCAUCCUGCAGUAUUUUACGGGGAGAUAACAAGCAAACGGUUCAGCUGGCGACAGAGAAGCACACGUACUAUCUGACGGCAGAUUCCCCCAAUAUACUGGAAGAAUGGAUCAAAGUGUUACAGAAUGUUCUGCGAGUACAAGCUGCUAACCCUCUUUGCCUGCAGCCCGAGGGCAAACCCACAGUAAAGGGCUUGCUCACCAAGGUGAAGCAUGGCUACUCUAAGAGAGUCUGGUGCAUGCUUGUUGGAAAGGUCUUGUACUAUUUCCGCAAUCAAGAGGAUAAGUUCCCUCUAGGUCAGAUCAAACUCUGGGAGGCUAAGGUGGAAGAGGUGGACAGGUCCUGUGACUCGGAUGAAGACUAUGAGACCCGGGGGUGCUACCUGCUGUCCACUCACUACACCAUCAUUGUCCACCCCAAAGACCAGGGCCCUACUUACCUGCUCAUCGGAUCUAAGCACGAAAAGGAAGCUUGGCUGUAUCACCUCACUGUUGCAGCUGGAAGCAACAAUAUAAAUGUUGGAUCCGAAUUUGAACAACUGGUUUGCAAGCUGCUAAAUAUAGAAGGGGAGCCCUCCUCCCAGAUAUGGAGACACCCCAUGCUGUGUCACAGCAAAGAAGGAAUCCUGUCCCCUCUGACCACACUGCCUUCGGAAGCUCUGCAGACCGAGGCCAUUAAGCUAUUUAAGACCUGCCAGCUCUUUAUAAACGCUGCGGUUGACUCCCCUGCCAUCGACUACCAUAUCUCUCUAGCCCAGAGCGCUUUGCAGGUCUGCCUGACACAUCCCGAGCUACAGAAUGAAAUUUGCUGCCAGCUUAUUAAGCAGACAAGACGGAGACAGCCGCAGAAUCAGCCAGGCCCGCUGCAGGGUUGGCAGCUCUUGGCACUCUGCGUUGGACUCUUCCUUCCCCACCACCCUUUCCUGUGGCUCCUCCAGCUCCAUCUACAAAGGAAUGCAGAUUCCAGGACAGAGUUUGGGAAAUAUGCCAUUUACUGCCAGCGAUGUGUAGAAAGGACACAGCAAAACGGAGACCGAGAGGCCAGACCGUCCAGGAUGGAGAUCCUCUCCACUCUUCUUCGAAACCCCUACCACCAUUCUCGGCCCUUCAGCAUACCGGUGCACUUCAUGAACGGGAUCUACCAGGUAGUCGGGUUCGAUGCGUCCACCACAGUGGAAGAAUUUUUGAACACUUUGAACCAGGACACAGGAAUGAGGAAGCCAGCGCAGUCUGGAUUCGCACUCUUCACAGAUGAUCCUUCUGGCAGAGACCUGGAGCACUGUCUUCAGGGAAACAUCAAGAUCUGUGACAUCAUUUCUAAAUGGGAACAGGCGUCCAAAGAACAGCAGCCCGGCAAGUGUGAGGGCAGCCGGACUGUCCGUCUGACUUACAAGAACAGACUGUAUUUCUCAAUGCAAGCUCGUGGAGAGACUGAUAGAGAGAAGCUGCUGUUGCUGUAUCAGACAAAUGAUCAGAUCAUAAAUGGCCUUUUCCCUCUGAAUAAGGAUCUGGCAUUGGAAAUGGCAGCGCUUUUGGCUCAGGUGGAUAUUGGAGAUUUUGAAAGACCUUUCUCAACUCCAGCGGGGCCUGUGACUAACCAGUGCAAAGCAAAUCAAACCCUCAAACAAGUCAUAGAGAAAUUUUACCCGAAAAGGUACCGAGAAGGAUGCUCUGAGGAACAGUUAAGGCAGCUCUACCAGCGACUCUCAACCAAAUGGAUGGCCCUCCGGGGACACAGUGCAGCUGACUGCAUUCGAAUUUACUUGACAGUAGCCAGGAAGUGGCCGUUCUUUGGCGCCAAGUUGUUCUUUGCAAAACCUAUAGCACCAUCAUCACUUGGCAAUAAUUCCGUGUGGCUGGCUGUCCAUGAAAACGGACUGAGCAUCCUAGAAUACACCUCCAUGAGACUAGUGGCCAGCUAUGUGUACAAGGGUCUGAUGACCUUCGGCGGCUAUCAAGAGGAUUUCAUGGUAGUCGUUAGUACACAGUCAAAAGACCGGCCAACAGAGAAGUUACUUUUUGCUAUGGCAAAACACAAGAUUCUUGAAAUUACCCUUCUGAUCGCCAGUUACAUCAACAACUUCCAUCAGCAGAAGACAACGUUUCACCACCUCUCUGCCCCAGCACUGCUCUCACCCAGGAGCCAGGCGCCCCAAGCCAGGGCCAUGGGCAGCCAGCCCCCUCUGUCCAACAACAGACCUACCAAAGGCCCUACCUUGCUCUGACUCCUGAGCCUGAACCUUCACUCCUUCUCCACCAUGUGGCUGCGUCCACUGCAAGCGUUUACACCCCGCCAACACGGUUCAUACACACACCAGCACUCCAGACCUUAGCAGUAAUGGGCUACUCUUGUAUCUGACUCUUAGUAUUUACAUAACAAUAAACACAAAAUGUGUCAACACACUCAUUGUGUCUUAGACAAAGCAGGUUAGAAUUUGUCUUAUUUUUCCCCCCACCUCCCUUCUUGGACAUCAGAGAUUGUACAAUAAGGCUUCCCAGUUUGCUUUUAAAUAUCCUGGCAGUCUUUUGGAAGGGAGAUUCCAAACUCUCACUUGGUAAACUAGAUGACUGUCCGGAAAAGCUCACUGCCAAAGAAUGCAAGGAUUGUAAUCAAAGGUGCCUUCAGCUAGUGACGCCAUCUUUGGGAAGGAGUGAGGUUUCGUGCAGGGCUCAGCUGUGGGAACAUGGGCAGGGGGCAAACUCUCAGAGCAAGCGCAAUGAAUUGUCUGAGGCCCGGCCUCGUUCCACGAGAUGACAGGCCACCAACCAGAGCCUCCUUGGCCGGGGGUUUGGAAGUGCGUACCCUGCCACCUCUGCGGAUCUGGAGUGUGUCAUUUAAAAUGAGGUGUGGAGUCCAGGCAGCCCUGCCUGUCAGCAUAGCCCAAGAUCAUCGGAACAGUGCCCCACAUUCACAGGUGUUCAAUGCUAGCCCAGCUUGACCUCGCUGUGUCACGGUGUCUUUGGAAACAAAGAUGGCCCUUAAAGCCUUGUCCUUCACACGGUCUUCUCUAAUUAAAAAUGGAUUCCAAAGUAAAUUCUAAUAGAGAAUACUUCAGCCAAGGUCAGUACAUUUUGAGUUGAACUUGUCUGGGGGUGUCCUGGCUAUCGCACUGCGUGGCAGAAUGCUUGGUAAAAACAGCCUGUUUGAGACGUGGUUGCUUCAGCUAUUUCAGAGAAGUCUGUCCCUGGUGGCUUGGCCCUGUGCAGUUGGUGGCAGGAACAUGUGGCAAAGGACUCAUGGUAGAGAGGAAGCAGAGAACAAGGAGGAGACCCGAGACAGGAGCAACUUCAAAUGCAUGUCAUCAGUGACGUACUUCCUCUAAGUUCCAACUCUCAAAAUGCCUACCACCUUCCAAACUAGCACAGCAUCUGCGGGCCAAGCGUGGGACACAUGAGCCUCUGGGAACAUCUCAUGGUUAAAUCCUAACGGCUACGUCAGUGGCCAAAACAUUCACUGUGUCAAGGUGAUGUAAUUAGUACCCCCGAUAACCUGAAACUGUGAUAAGAUAUGAAAAUUCUAUUAUAAUUCUGUUUAACCGCAAGUCUACCUAAUUUUAUUUAUGUGUAGAAUACUUGUAUUUAUUUUUAGACAUAUAUUUAUCACUGUGUGCUAUAUGCUUUAAACCGAUUUGAGAAAGUGCUAGGUGCCCAAUUUGUUGACAGAGUCCCUGUGUCGUCGUCGUCUGUGCUGUGGCAGUGUCCCGUUCUCACACUAAGCCUUUUAAACACACUCUGCCCUUAGGCGCAAAGUCAGGAAGCACGUUGCUCCAGCCAUACUGUACUGCCUUGGUAAUGACAAAGGUAUUUUUUCAAGUCCCCUAGAAAAGGCCUUCAAGUGGCUGCUCACCCUUCCACCUUUUAAACCACAACCACUCACUGAAUGAACAGAUUCGUUUUUAAGAAUAAAUGAUUAACAAUUUGGGGUGACUUUCAGAGUGGGACAAAGUAGUUUUUUUGUGUGCCCAUAAAACCAUUUACUAAUCAUAAGUAGGUGAGGCAGAGGCUGGGGCAAAGCUCUAACGUACAGGUAAGAACUUUACCCUCACCAACUGGUAAGCAGUCCCAUCGGCCUUAUGUUGAGAUUUAAAAAUAGUGAAUGCUCAGGCCGGGCGUGGUGGCACACACCUUUAAUCCCAGCACUUGGGAGGCGGAGGCAGGCAGAUUUCUGAGUUCGAGGCUGGUCUGGUCUACGGAGUGAGUUCCAGGACAGCCAGGUCUAUACAGAGAAACCCUGUCUCCAAAACAAAACAAAAGUAGUGAUUGCUCACCUUCAACUACAGUACCUUAGGCUUGUCCUUGUUUUUAAUAGAACAGAAAUAAAAUAUUUUGAUGGAAAGAAGUCAGUUUUGUACAAUCAGUGAUUUGAAAAUUUGAUCUCCUGGGAAAUUCCUUAUAUAGCCAUUUUUUUAAUGCAAGUGUAUUAUUAUGACUGAUUACAAGAGAAUAAUGUUUUGUGUCUAAUUGUAAUAUUUCUCCCUACCCUUUUCUUCCCUCUCAGUUACAAUAAAUGAUUUACGAGUUCCAUUU